AGAAUGAAGUUUCGUUUAAAUGUCCGUGUGAGAACAUCUAUAGUAGCGUCAAGGAACACCAAAAGGACAGUUCCUUUUUUCCUCAGCUGCAUUUGCCAGAAGUAACGGGGAGUAACGAAAUACCACUGUGCAUGAACGGGUACUACUAAGAGCGAACGUCCGUUGUAAACGCAGCGGGAGCGCGGUAAAAAUCGUACUUUCCAGGGCGGUGUUUUCCACCAAACAGAUUUCUCUCUUCUCUGUUUCCCCAUUCUUUCCGUCUUCUGUCUCGUGGCGUCAUCACUUUUGUUUGCGCCCUUCUGUGUGGGCAGCGGAACGCAGCAACUGAAUAUAGUCCUUGCAAGAUACCCAACGUUUACGUUGCAAAACAAAGGUGUUUGUCACCCCAGUUUGCCAAGGAGAUCAAGGCAAGAUUUUCCUUUACAGUCCGUCUACGUUUUCGCGUUCUUAUAUGCCUUCGUCCAGUCUUUCAUCUCUCUCUCUGGGUUUCAAACUGUCCUGCCGCGUGCUUUGCUUUCGUCUGCUCUCUGCAUUCUUGAUUUGUUCCUUUCCCAAUACUGUACACUCCGUUACACCUCCCUCUCCUCUCAGUUGCAUUAUCGGGACAAUUGCUUUAUCCGCGUACGUCUUCUGGCUUUUUAAGCCGUCUACCGUGUCGUCUCUUUCAAAAUCUAUCUCGGUUGUUUUAUCGUCUGCACAUCUGCCAGCACUCGACGACACGAAGAGGGCCACCGCAAGAAUGAGGGGUGACGAAGAGGUAGAAGAUCUCUUUGCUGGAGUUUUCGACCGCGGAGCUUACGUCGCGCGACUCAAGGAACUUAAUGCUGCCGCCGAGAAGAUUUUUUUCUACAACAAGAUGCUCAUCGUUGUGGACGAACAGCUCAAUGGCAUUCGAAUGGCGCUUGGCGCCUACCGCCGCGGAGAAGUCGAAUCCGCUAGACGGUUAACCAGUGGUGUCGUGUGUUCGUCUGCAAGCAGCAGGCUUGCGCGGGACAAGAACUCCACACUCGCAGACAGUCCGUGCGACGGCGUUGGCGAUGCAAGUGGUCUUUCUGACUGUGCUUUAGUCGGUUCAACUUUUCUCUACUGUAGCCCAACUGUCUUACCUACGUUCCUUGUCCAACUCGCAGCGAAACUGGAAGCCCGGCGUGAUAAGUACCGCUCCGAACGCAAAGAGGCAAUCCGCAAGUUGCUCGAAAUGAAUCCGAGCGCCACUGAGAUGAGUGAAAGGGAGUGCCGCCUGUUGCUGGCAGAGCCCGUGUCACAACAAAAGAAGGCAGAAACAGAUUAGCUGUCUCACCGAACAGGUUAUCAAUGCACUCUGGAUCUUCUUCUGGAUGCGAGUCAUGGAAUCGCCUUGUCGAGCAAACAGUCUCCUGCGCAAAUGCUGUGUCUUUCUGUCACCAUCUGAUUUGCCUCUUUGGACAUCCUGAAGUGUAUACUCUAAUUUUAGCUGGUGUCGUGGUAGUGUCUCAGACGCGAUCUUCGUAAUCAUGUAUUGCAGUCCUGGGUGGCGAAUCGACGAAUCUAUCAGCGGGUCGUAUCCCUGUCCCGGGUCCCCUACGUCGGGCACAUCGCAUGGUGACUGUUUCUCUGGCAGCCGAGGCAUGAGCACACUUCCCAGCAAUGGCAGUUAUGACUUCUUGUUCCUGUGGGCGCUGAGUC